AUGGAUGCUAAACCACAACGUCCCAUGCGCUCUCUUCGCAUUCGCGACGAGAAUGCGCUCCCCCAGUUGCCGACCGGCAAGACCAUCCACCAGCGCAACAAGUCAACACCCGCCCUAUCUACCCUCUUGCAAGUAGGUGGUCUCAAGCCUUCUACGAAGCGUACAGUCUUUGCGGAUGUCAGCAACACAACGAGGCAGCCGGUAGCCAAGGAUGAUUUGCAGGUGCCUGGCAAGAAUUCCAAGAUCGAGAUUCUCAAGGACAACGCCAUCGUAUCAACAAAGGAGCUUGCCAAGCCGGCGACGCUUCUGAGACCGGCUCAACGACCACUGGCGAAUGCUGUAUCGAAGAACAACGCGUCCAAUGGAAUCAGUCACGUUGCGUCUGCCGUGCCAAAGCACGUAACGACUGAGCCCAGCCUCUCCACUGCAAACAUCCGCAAGGUCCUAUCCAAGAAGUCUACCGCCGUCUUCAAAGAAGUUGACCCGGAGCCUGUUCUUGAUGUCGUGAACCCGGUUCCGACGCGUCAACCGCUCGAACAGCGAAGCGACUUGGACACCAACCUCUCUCACGUAUAUCCCACUGUGGAGCCAGUGUCAAAGCAACUCUCGAAAAAGGCAUCAACCUACCUUCACCUCGUAGAGCAGCAAGAGCCUCAAGAAGACGCCGUGUCCAUGCCAUCAUAUGAUGAAUGCGCAAAACAAGAGCAGGCCAUCAAGGCUGACAGCGGAGAAGGACACGAUUAUUCGGACGCCUUGGAGGACCAAGCACGCGUUCUUGAGCAAGAGCGCAAUGAAGAAAUGGCAAAGACACGUCUCGAGCCCGAAGAGUACUGGGAUGAAGACGAGGAUGAGGGUGAGGAGUACUUUGAUGCGGACGGCUAUACCACUGCCCGAUCCCUUCGAUCUCGUAGUGACAACACUACUGGAGGUGUGACUCUCGUUCUCGCUCCCCGAGUUACAAGCAAGUCCCAACGCGAACUCGAGGCUGCCAGGGAAUGGGUCGAGGCCAAUAAGACUCCCGAGGAUGUCGAGGAUGAGCAAUGGGAUACCUCAAUGGUUGCCGAGUACGGAGACGAGAUCUUUGAAUAUAUGCACUCGCUCGAGGAGCGCAUGAAACCCAACGCUACAUACAUGGAGCACCAGUCCGAGAUUCAAUGGUCUAUGCGCUCUGUGCUCAUGGAUUGGCUGGUCCAAGUACACAAUCGUUUCACCCUUUUGCCAGAGACCUUAUUCCUUGCCGUCAACUAUGUCGAUCGUUUCUUGUCGGCCAAGGUUGUCUCCUUGGGUAAGCUACAGCUUGUGGGAGCAACUGCUCUCUUUGUUGCAGCCAAGUAUGAAGAAAUCAACUGCCCAUCUGUGCAAGAGAUUGUUUACAUGGUGGAUGGAGCGUACACUGCCGAUGAGGUCCUUAAGGCUGAGCGUUUCAUGCUUAGCAUGCUCCAGUUCGAGCUGGGUUGGCCCGGUCCGAUGAGCUUCCUCAGAAGGAUCAGCAAGGCCGAUGAUUAUGAUCUUGAGACUCGCACAUUAGCCAAAUACUUCCUCGAGAUCACUAUCAUGGACGAGCGUUUUGUGGGAUGCUCUCCUAGCUUCCUGGCGGCUGGAGCUCACUGCCUGGCUCGUUUCAUGCUGAAGAAGGGUGAUUGGUCCUUGGCACACGUGCACUACUCGGGAUACACCUGGACUCAGCUUCGCAGCCUUGUCUCCACGAUAGUGGAAUGCUGUGACAACCCACAAAAGCAUCAUGCUGCCGUCUAUGACAAAUACACGGACAAACGCUACAAGCGUGCAUCCAUCUUUGUCGAAACUGAGAUCUCCAAGGGAUUCCAGCUUCCUUUCGCAACCAGGGAUAGUUUUGCAGGCCACAGCACGACCUGGAAGCGAAAGUAG